GAGAGAGACAGAGAUCCGAGGAGCUCAGUCCAUGCAUCACAUCAUGCUCUUUAAAUCUCUCUUAAUCUAAGAAGACAAUCCGUGUCAAUCUACUGGUCUACUUCAGUUCUAAAUCAUGUCGUCCAAGGAUGGAGAAAGUUACACUUAUGAAUUUUGUGACGAAGCUCAUCCAUCAGAAACCCUGGGAGCUCUCUGGGAGUUCUACGCUUGUGGCCUUUUUGCAGACAUCACUCUCCAAUGUUGUACAGGACAGACGUUUCACUGUCACAAGGCCUUGCUUUCAGCCCGUAGCGCGUACUUUAAAGUCAUGUUCACCUCGGAUAUGAGAGAACGCUCGAAUGUCAUCAUCAACCUGCCUGCCAUAGAUGGAGAGAUAAUGAGCGCUUUGGUAAACUACGUUUAUACAUCCAAAGUGAGCAUCACUCAAGCUAAUGUGCAAAGCCUCCUGGAAGCAGCUGACCUCCUUCAGUUCAGCUCAGUAAAGGUGGCCUGUGAGGAGUUCCUGAUACGGUUUUUGGAUGUUGAUAACUGCCUUGGGAUGCAUACUUUUGCAGAGUGUCAUGUCUGUCCUGUGCUGGAGCGUGAAGCACUGAGGAUUAUACUUAACAGAUUUGAAGAGCUAAUAUGUCAAGAGGAGUUUUGGGGACUUGACUUUAAAAAGGUUGUUACUAUUCUGUCUGCUGAGAAUGUUAACGUCUGGAAGGAGGAGACACUUUUAGAAGCAGUUGUGAAGUGGGUGACCUUUGACAUAGAUUCUCGUAAAGAAAACAUUCUGGAUCUACUGCACUGUAUUCAGCCCGAGGUGGAUGACGCGUAUCUCACAACGGCUUUGAAUGUGCACAAACAAUGUAAUGAGCACAAGAUACGGUCUAUCAUCAGGCAGUCUGUAAAGCCUUGUGGAACUUAUCUAAUUAAGAAUCUCACAUCAAGAAUGUACAUCGUUGGCGGAUAUUACUGGCACCCGUUAUCAGAAAUUCACAUAUGGGACCCUAUUUGCAACACGUGGGUCCAAAGGAAAGACAUGCCUGACUACACAAGAGAAAGUUAUAGUGUUUCACUUCUAGGCUCUAAAAUCUAUGUGACAGGAGGAUACAGGACAGAGACAGUGGACGCACUGGAUACAGUUUGGAUUUACAACAUUGAUUCAGAUGAGUGGACGGAGGGAUGCGCUAUGAUCACUGCAAGAUAUUACCACUGCUCUGUGCCCUUACAUGGCUGUAUAUACGUCAUAGGUGGGUACACAGGAGGUGCCCCAACUCAGGCGACCGAAUUCUAUGAUCCAUUAAAAAAGAAAUGGUUUCCUGUUGCAGAUAUGAUACAAGGUGUUGGAAAUGCUUCUGCAUGUGUGGUGCAAGACAGGAUCUAUGUGACCGGAGGUCAUUACGGAUACAGAGGGAGCUGCACGUAUGAGAAAAUACAAACUUACAGAGCUGACAUCAAUGAGUGGAGCAUUACAACAAUAAGUCCCCAUCCAGAGUAUGGACUUUGCACAGUGUCACUGAACAACAAGCUCUUCUUGGUUGGUGGUCAGAGCACCAUCACAGACUGCUAUGACCCUAACAGGGAUGAAUGGACACAAAUAGCCAUGAUGAAGGAAAGAAGGAUGGAGUGUGGAGCUGCAGUAAUAAACGGGUGCAUUUAUGUGACAGGUGGCUAUUCUUACUCCAAGGGCACUUACUUGGAGAGUAUAGAGAGAUACGACCCUGAACUGGACUGCUGGGAGAUAGUAGGGAGCCUACCUAGUGCCACUCGCUCACACGGCUGUGUCGGUGUGUUCUGUCUAUAGUUAUUGCUCAUGCCCUUAAACCUGUGUGCAUUAUAUUUAUAUACAUAAUCUUAUUUCCACCAUGUAUGAUUGAAGUCAUGUAUUUGUAGAGUUUGUACUAAUUAUAUACCGAAACCCUCUUGAAGGAGAUAACACAUGGGAAUGACAAUUACAUUUUUUAAAAAAUAAAAUAGAAAAAAGUGUGAUCACGUAUACAUUCCUACACAUCUUAAUAUGCAUACUAAGAUAUUAGCCUCAUAAAUUUUUCACAAAAUCUCAAUCUGUCUGUUGAAUUUAUUUAAAAAAAAAUGCUGAAAAAAGACCUACUUUAGAAAGCAUAAAUUUCAUGAACCUGUAACUCCUCACUCGCUUUUUUUUUUUUUUUUUUUUUUUUUACAAUUUUCUUACAAUAUAUCCAAAAUAACAAUUCCAAAAUAAGUUUAAACCCUAGUGUGCCUAAAAGAUGUCCUUUACACUGGAUAAAAAUAAUUUGUAAAUUAAUAAAUUAACUGACCCACUACUUUAGUACUGUGAAAAAGCAAAACCUGCGCAAACACUCACAGA